CGACAGUAUUCGACGCGUUUUACGGCGCCGCUGCCGUAUUGCGCGCCACUGCUGGAAUUGGCGGCCGUGCUGGCUCGGCCACUUCGUUCUGCACUUUGCACUGUGGCGGUGGGCUCGCGCUGGGAUGAGCGCGCGGUGCCGGGCCGUGGAGUGGAGUCAUGGCCAGUACAGUGGUAGCAGUCGGACUGACCAUCGCUGCAGCAGGAUUUGCAGGCCGUUAUGUUUUACAAGCCAUGAAGCAUGUGGAGCCUCAAGUAAAACAAGUUUUUCAGAGCCUACCAAAAUCUGCCUUCAGUGGUGGGUACUAUAGAGGUGGAUUUGAAACCAAAAUGACAAAACGGGAGGCAGCAUUGAUACUAGGUGUAAGUCCUACUGCCAAUAAAGUAAAGAUCAGGGAUGCUCAUCGACGGAUAAUGCUCUUAAACCACCCGGACAAGGGAGGAUCUCCUUAUAUAGCAGCCAAAAUCAAUGAAGCUAAAGACUUACUAGAAGGACAAGCUAAAAAAUAAAGUAAAAGUGAUGACUUUUAAGUUCA